AUGGCGGGCCCCAAGUUGUCCCUUAUUUGGCUCCGGAGAUGGUUUCACCCAAAUAUCACUGGCGUGGAGGCAGAAAACCUCUUGCUGACGAGAGGAGUCGACGGCAGCUUCCUGGCGAGGCCCAGCAAGAGUAACCCCGGGGACUUCACGCUCUCCGUCAGGAGAAAUGGAGCUGUUACCCACAUCAAGAUCCAGAACACUGGCGAUUACUAUGACUUGUAUGGAGGGGAGAAGUUUGCCACUUUGGCUGAGCUGGUCCAGUAUUACAUGGAACACCACGGGCAAUUAAAAGAGAAGAAUGGAGAUGUAAUCGAGCUCAAAUAUCCUCUAAACUGUGCAGAUCCUACCUCUGAAAGGUGGUUUCACGGACACCUCUCUGGCAAAGAAGCAGAGAAACUACUAACUGAGAAAGGAAAACAUGGCAGUUUUCUUGUGCGCGAGAGCCAGAGCCACCCCGGAGAUUUUGUCCUCUCUGUCCGAACCGGUGAUGACAAAGGGGAUUGCAGCGACGGCAAGUCCAAAGUGACCCACGUCAUGAUCCGCUGUCAGGAACUGAAAUAUGAUGUUGGUGGAGGAGAACGGUUUGACUCUUUGACAGACCUCGUGGAGCAUUACAAGAAGAAUCCCAUGGUGGAGACCCUGGGCACGGUGCUCCAGCUCAAGCAGCCCCUCAACACAACUCGUAUUAAUGCUGCUGAAAUAGAAAGCCGGGUUCGAGAACUAAGCAAAUUAGCUGAGACCACAGAUAAAGUCAAACAAGGCUUUUGGGAAGAAUUUGAGACACUACAGCAACAGGAGUGCAAGCUUCUCUAUAGCCGAAAAGAGGGGCAGAGACAAGAAAAUAAGAACAAAAAUAGAUAUAAAAACAUCCUACCAUUUGAUCACACCAGAGUUGUCCUACAUGAUGGUGACCCCAAUGAGCCGGUGUCAGAUUACAUCAACGCAAAUAUUAUCAUGCCUGAAUUUGAAACCAAGUGCAACAAUUCCAAGCCCAAGAAGAGUUACAUUGCCACACAAGGCUGCCUGCAGAACACAGUGAAUGACUUCUGGAGGAUGGUGUUUCAGGAGGACUCCCGAGUGAUUGUCAUGACAACGAAAGAAGUGGAGCGAGGAAAGAGCAAAUGUGUCAAAUACUGGCCUGACGAGUACGCCCUGAAAGAAUAUGGGGUCAUGCGUGUUAGGAAUGUCAAAGAGAGUGCUGCUCAUGACUACACAUUGAGAGAGCUUAAACUUUCCAAGGUUGGACAAGGGAAUACGGAGAGAACCGUCUGGCAAUACCACUUUCGGACCUGGCCAGACCACGGAGUGCCCAGUGACCCCGGGGGUGUGCUGGACUUCCUGGAGGAGGUGCACCAUAAGCAGGAGGGCAUCACGGACGCCGGGCCGGUGGUGGUUCACUGCAGUGCUGGAAUUGGCCGGACAGGGACCUUCAUUGUGAUCGAUAUCCUGAUCGACAUCAUCAGAGAGAAAGGCGUGGACUGUGACAUCGACGUUCCCAAGACCAUUCAGAUGGUGCGGUCUCAGAGGUCAGGGAUGGUCCAGACAGAGGCACAGUACCGGUUCAUCUAUAUGGCCGUGCAGCAUUACAUCGAAACACUACAGCGCAGGAUUGAAGAAGAGCAGAAAAGCAAGAGGAAAGGGCACGAAUAUACCAAUAUCAAGUAUUCCCUAACAGACCAGGCAAGCGGAGAUCAGAGUCCCCUUCCGCCUUGUACCCCGACACCACCCUGUGCAGAAAUGAGAGAAGACAAUGCCAGAGUCUAUGAAAACGUGGGCCUGAUGCAGCAGCAGAAGAGCUUCAGAUGAGAAGGACUCCAGGACUUCAGCACAGAAAUUGAUGUGAACUUUCACCUUCUCCUUAAAAAGAUCAAGAGCAAAUGCAAGAAAGUUUAUGUGAAGAACAAAUUUGCAAAGCUUGCGUGGUGGUUGACUACCUUUUGAUUAGCGACAUUUCAAACCAUUCAAGACCCACUGUUCUCUAACUCAACAAUACCUGGUUUCCAGUUACUUACUUCCUCAGAUUAGAAGAAAUCCUCUCUGCAAUGUAGUCAAUGUUACAAUUUAAAGAGCUUCAUUUUACGUUGAAGAAGUUAAACUGUGCUCUAUAUUCUACUAUUGGUAUUUUUUUCUUUUUAUGACGUUAACAAAUUUAAUUUUUUUCUCGCGGGGGAUGAUAGAGCACCUGUAAGAUGGAAAAAUGAUUUGGGAAAUUAAGUAACGGCAUCCUAUAGAAAUGAGAAUAGUUUCUCUUAUCACCUACCUAGUCAUGGAUAAUUCAUUUUGCUGUUGUCUCUCCUUUUUUUCUUGGCUAAGUGAUAAGCCAGCUCCCUGGGCUGUCAGAAGUUGACUGUCUGCCUUUGCAUUGCCAUUAGAAUAUCAUGGGAAAAACAAUGGACACAGGAAUUAGGAUAAAAGGUGUGUUUUCUUCUCAGACGACCAAGUGCCCUAUUGACUGAGGGUGGUGAGAAAGCCUUCGCCGUGUUUUCUUUUCAUUUGAGUCAUUGUCUUUAGGGAAAAACGCCCCUGUGGAUAACCAGUGUCUUGGUGACCAGUUGUUGCUGACAGACCGCUCCAUAACUUAGUGGCUCCGAGCGACAGCGCUUUCUUUUUGUCCUCACUGGUCUUCAGUCUGGACUGGGCCCUCCUGAGCUCUUCUUCCAUCUGCUUUGCUGGUGUCACCCACGGAUUGGCCACCCGGACUGGACCUCCCUCUGCAUGCUGUCCCGGGAUAGCUGGGCUCCUCGGCGCGGCACCCAGAGCUCCCUACUGCAAAAACAGUAGGCGCCAGGACUGCUAAGACUGAAGCCCGUACGGCGGCAGCCUCACCUCUCCUGCUCUCUGUUAAGUGAAGCAGGUCACAGCUCGGCCCAGACUGGGGAAGCGGGGGCAGGGGGACAUGAAGUGGAGGUGGGGUUUUGGGGGGACCCCAGUGUGCCAAGCUGUCAGCACCAGCGUCAUGGGAAAACAGCUGCAGUUGGCAGAGGUAUAAGCUGCCGGUCACGGGGGCAGCUAGGAUUGCCUGUGGCCGCGGGGAGCUCCAAGUCAGACCGAGAAAGAGGCCCCCAGAAGUGCCGACCCGGAAGCGUCUGACCCCCGAAGCGCCGAGCCAGGGCUGCCGGCUCUGAGCUUAUUUCUGAGGCGUCACUUGGGAAAACGGGCCCCGGAGGAUGGGUGUGUGUGGCGAAGCACUUAGAAGCAGAGACGCCUGGCACUGCGGCUCCUGGAGCGUCCGUCCUGCCGCUCGUCCAGCAGACCCCGUGCGGGGUGCGGUCGGGCCGCAGGGAGCAAGUCCGUGGAGGCGCUGGUCGGAUCGGGUUGGCAGUAGCUCGUUUUUGUGUUAACCAAGCGGUGAGAUUUGCUAAUGUUCUACCUUAAGUGCCUUCUCCAAAGACAUCCUUCUUUGCCCUGUGUGGGAUCAUCAUUCAUUGGGUGUAUUUCAAUGAAGGUGACGUUGGUUGACUUUGUCAAGAUAAUGAAAUGCAAGGCAGCUCUGCUGGUAAGUGAUGUUCUUCUUCCCCAGAUUCUUCUUGCUUUGACUUCUAGUGGGUUAGAUUUGGGCCUGGUAGUAGUUUCCUGAGGUCUUUACCUGCCUUGAAACCCUCAGGUAGUUUGGGGAGAGCGGUGCCCUUCGCAGACCAAAUGUACAUCGAUCCCUCCCCUUCCUCCCCCACCCCUCAUAUCCAUGGAACUCAGAAUUGCUUUGCAUAAAGGUGUGGCUGAAGGUUUUAUCUUAGAAAAGGAAUGUAAGUGACUACUGUCUUCUUGUCAAGCCUGUGAAGAGGCUCCAGUUCAGUGUUUGCAGGGAGAAUCUCGAAUCUGCCCUUUUUAUUGCAUUGUCACAUUGUAUGGGUCUGAUCGCCUUGAUUUUGUAAUAACGUUUUGACUCUGGACUUUGGGGGCAAAGUCUUGCACCAGCAUCCAAGGGUUUGAUUGUCCAAAUGUACCUGCCGCACUCAUGUCUCUGCCUGUAGCUUACGAUGCGCGGCUCUUGGCUUGCUUGCUUGUCAAAGCACAUUGACUCCAUUUAGAUUUCCCUCCACAGAGUCUGCAGAUGGUCGUGUUAUGUGAACUUAACGCCAAGACCAGGUCCUAACAGUCCUUAGGUUGCUGAGGUUUGUUGUGUAUUUGCUAAAAGGUGAUUGCAGGUUCUCAGAUGAGAUUACUUUAUACUGAUGGAACAGGCUGAGGGACAGUGAAUAUGGGGUGAGCUUGAGGUGUGUGUUGCAAAGCACAGUGGAAAUGAAAGUUCUAAAAAGGUGGUUUCUGAGGAAGUCAAAGGGUCCAGGGCCAGAGCAGUCAGUGAUAGUUGAGUCAGGUUUCCUGGACGGUAGGUGUGAGAGACACACACACGCCUGCUUCUGGGCUUGCUGGUAGACAUGGAAUUUGCACAAUUCCCAUAACUGGUGACUAUUUUGAAAUUAUAACCAUAGGAUUUUGUAUUUGGGGUGGAGAAAUUACCUGGUAUGUGGCAUUGGGAUUUUUGUAUAAAGUCAAAUUUCAGGGUCCUCAUAAUUUAAAAAAAUAAAAUAAGUAAAUGAAAUGACAGGGCACCUCUUAACCAGUUUAUGGUCCUUCUGAAAAUUAGGGCCAUCGCUCCCGCUGAAAUUGAUGACUUUUCAAAGAUAACAAAUAAUGGGGGGAAAGACCUUUAAGACUUUCCUGGCAUCUGUGCAUUCUCCAUGGGGCCGGUUGCUUUGGAACAGCCAAGAAUUCGUUGCGAUUAUUUUUUAGGGGUUUUCUUGCUGGGGAUUUUAAGAAAUAUUAGAAAGUGCUGGGUCAUUUCUAGUUCAGGGUAGUGUGGAAAAGGUAAGCAAUUGUGCCGUGUUUUGUUGUAGGUUUUUAAUCCAUAAGGGAAACUUAGACUGUAGACCUAAGUACAAACCCAGUACAGGUUCUGAUUUCUGUAUGUUGUUGGGGGAAUAAAGUUUUAUAUACGUAAGCACAUGGCCUCCCUGACUUCACAAUGCCUUUAUUAGGAUCUGUAUUAGCCCCUUCAUGUUGUUGAAAUCUUUUCCCCUCUUCCUCUUGAAAAGUAAGUUCCAAAACAUAGCUUCUGUAUUGUAUCCUGGUUCCUUUUUCACUACGGGCAGUUCAUACAAGGCAAAAAUAUUAAACAGUUGGUUUUAGUGUGUUGUAUAACUUUGCUGUAGAUCAAACUAAUUUUUACAAGUUGUCAUCCUAAACCUCAAAUCAUGUAAUUAAUAAUUUGCCUGUUUAUUUAUGACCUAAUUGUGAUUCUUUUAUUAAUAAAAGCUAAUGGAAAAGGAUCCUUUAUUAAGCGGAUGACUAGACCUACAUUUAAUUUUCCUGCAGUAUAUGAAGUAUUGUACCAGAGUAUUAAAAGAUAUGUAAUAUUUUAUUGAUAAAUCUAUCCUUUAAAAGGAAUACGUUCUAGGAUGUCAUCGUUUUGAUGUGAAUCGUGUAAAUGUUGAUAAUAUGCACUGUUUAUUAUACAUUUAGUGUCUCAAGAGAUUCUUUUAAUUGCCUUUUUUGCCCACAUGUAUUAUGUAGUCUAUUUGCAGUUGUUUUUUAAAAAUGACAUUAAGAGAAUAGUUUAUGUAGAGAAGCAUUAAUGGAUGUUAAUUGUCUCCCCACCUGUAUUUAUGGGUGUUAGUUCAACCGCUUUGCUAGUCGCAAAGCUUUAUUAUCAGAGUAAAAGUGUAUUUGUAAACUGUAUGGGAACUAAAAAUUAGGAAUAAAAUCAUUUUCUUAUAUUA